AUGGUAAAAUCGUGUUUGGAAGUACUGGAAUCGUUGCCCAUUGACGUCCGCACAAUCGGCCUCUUGGCGGGCAAACUGCGAAGCUCUACAAGAUCUCAGGAACUGACAUCGUUACUGCAACGCUACGAACUAACAAAAGAAACCAAGACACUGGAAAAUAUCAUUCAUUUUACGUAUUUUCGAUGCGAAAACAACCCAUUGCCACCACAUCUGUGCUUGUUCCGCAAACACUACGUAGAACUUCGAAACCACUGGCCACAUGAACGCCAUCGCAGCAUCUUAUCCAUGGAAAACCCAAAGUCACAGUCCUUACGAUUCCUGUGGACCAAUGACAACCCUCGAGCGCUCACUGCAAUGCGGUACGAGCUGCACCGCUGGGGCUCGUCUCAGACUGCAGAGGAACAGCACGAAUCGUCUCUGCCUGAGCUCCAACGAAGUGUCCUCUUCCACGAGAUUUUCCAGCAUUACAUGUUUCUCAAGAAGAACCCGAAUCUUUGCAAAAAUCGAAAGUCAGUCGCCAUACCGAUUGUGGAAAUUCCGAUGAAACCCUUGGGCCAAACAAUUCCAGAUUCAAGGAUACGUAACAUGUUCAAACGGAGAGUGGCUCACGUGUGGAACGUGCUGGCGCUCGAAAACCCAGCGCUUUCGCCCUCACAAGAAGCCUUGCUCACAGAAAUAGUAAACGAUCCUUUACCAUCCGCCGCUGUUGCUAACCGUAGGUCCUUGCAGCGGAUGUACCGACGCGCCUGCAAGGGUGCCUACGUGAUACGGCCACAUCCAGAUCUUGGCCUCGAAAUCCUGGAAAGUCCUUUGGUGAAACGACUUUAA